AUGGCGAUUGAUGGUGGCGAGCGAAACUGUGGAGUACAUGAGCUGAUCUGCGUCAGAAAAGUGUCUCCAGAGGUGCUUGGGUUUCUGACUACAAUCGGACUCUUCAUCAUGCUCAUGACUCUCGUCUUCUGGUACCUCAACAACAAGUUGGCCCUGGAGAACUCAGGAAGACUUCAGUGCCUUGAUGAAUUCAGGAAAAAAGCAGAGCAGCAGAGCAAGGCCAACGAUGCUGAUCUUCAGGGCUCAUCUUCGGAUAGUGAGGAUGAACUAAUGGCUCAGUAUCAAGAAGCUAUAAGCCGUUCUCAAGGCCACAGAGGAGGAGCCAGGCCAGCUGCUAAUGAGAAACAUAUAGAUGGUUUCAGCUGGCAUUGUCGGCACAAGUACAGCCCUGUUACUGCUGAUUAUGAUGGCUACAGCAGCGAAGCCUCAGCAGACAAUGCCAACUGCAUUCAGAGGAUGAGACAAACCCCCCCGUUGGAUGAGCUUCAGCCACCUCCUUAUCAGGAUGAGAAUGGCUCUCCGAGGAUGUCCUGUACACUGUCGGACCUGGGAGACGCUAAGUGUUAUCUAUCCUACACCAGCGGAAGUCCCCACUUGUCCUUUGGCAAAUGCCCAAGUGAAGGCAGCGAAUGCCAUGAGACUGAGAGUUACCUCAACAAGGGCUAUGAGGAGGAUGUACCAAGUGACAGUACAGCUGUCCUCAGCCCAGAGGACUUGUCAGCCCGUGGAUCAGCCGCUCAGCUACCCAAAGCUUAUGAUCUAGAUCCACAUGCAAAAUAUGGCACUCUGGAUGUUGUGUUUGAAUAUGAAUGUGAGGAGCAGCAGCUAGCAGUCACAAUCAUGGCAGUAUCAGACCUUCCUUCCCUUAAACACACUGGAAACAUCUCUUGGAAGGUCCAUCUAGUGCUGCUGCCCACCAAGAAGCAGAGGGCAUGGACAGGAAUCCAGAGAGGCCCGUGUCCAAUCUUCACAGAGACCUUCAGAUUUAGCCAUGUGGAGUCAGAGAUGAUUAGCAAUUAUGCCAUCCGAUUUCGUCUCUAUAGUUUGCAGCGGAUGAAAAAAGAGAAGGUGCUCGGGGAAAAGGUCUUUUACCUCACCAAGCUCAACCUUCAGGGUAGAAUGUCCGUGCCUGUCAUAUUGGACCCAUGCUGUGCUCUUCUGGGUGGUGAAUCGCAGGUCAGCCUUUCAGAUAUGACGUGCAGCGAAAGCGCCUCAUCAUUCCAGUCAUUUAGUCAGAUUUCCACACCAGAGAUCCUUGUUGGCCUGCUGUAUAAUGCCACAACAGGACGUCUCUCUGUUGAGGUCAUCAAAGGUAUCCAUUUCAAAAAUCUGGCUGCCAACAAGCCACCCAAUGGGCUUUUCUGUUGUCUAAAACACUUGAUAGGUGGACAGGUUUAUAUUAUCAGAGAUACGUUUGUUAAACUGACCCUGCUGAACUCCAUGGGCCAUGAGAUGUCCAAGUGUAAGACCUCCAUCUGUCGGGGUCAGCCCAACCCGACUUACAAAGAGACAUUCAUCUUCCAGGUGGCUCUUUUCCAGCUUUCUGACGUCACACUCAUCUUUUCUGUCUACAACAAGCGCAGCAUGAAGCGCAAGGAAAUGAUUGGCUGGAUUUCGCUCGGACUCAACAGCUCCGGAGAGGAGGAGCUAGCCCACUGGACUCAGAUGAAGGAAUCUAAAGGACAGCAGGUUUGUCGCUGGCACAGCUUGUUGAAGUCCUAGCAAAAGAAAACAAAGAGAAUGAUAUGUAUAGGAUAACUACUCAGAGCAAUAGAUGGAGGAAGGAGACACAUGUCCAGGGUGUCAAUAAAAGGACACCCAGAACUACAGUAAGUCUGCAGUCAGAGUUGUACAUGUUGGCAUUGCAUCAGUAUUGCAUAUUGAGCUGACGUUCAGCUUACGAUGUGAUGUCCCUGUCACAAUCUUCAAGUUUCUAUCGCGAGCACUUUUAUCUUUUAAACUUGUUGAGCUGGGACUGCUGCCAAGAUUCUCCACAAAAGUUCUGGAUCGAGUAAAUGAAUGACAGAAAGUACACCUUCCGCACAAGCAGCUGACAUAUUUAUUCAGAUCAGAAAGAAUUACAACUUGAAAAACGACCCCUCUUCUACUUUUCUGCCUGUUUGCAAUACAUUUUAGACUUAACUUUAGGUUUAAGGGAAGUUUUCUUUUAGAAUCUAGAUCUAGGAAAAGAAUGAGCGUAUACAUAGAUAUUUUCUUCUCUGUCAUUCACUGCAACCAGUUGUUAAAGGUCUUAAAAAUCUAUUUGUCCCACAUGUAGAAUAAGGUUAUGACAGCUUGUGUCACAUGAGAGAUGUCUAUAUGUGUGUUUUAGCUCCAUGUACUUCUCACUGUUUUAAUGUGGGGAAUGUUUCACAUAUCACUUCUGUAGGACGUGGGUGGGGCUUAAACAACUAUUUUGGGUUCAUGAGCAUUUAUAGUAACUUUUUUUUACCAUCACUGCUCAUGCACCCAACUUAUUAUGUAUUGGUCCAAAUGAUUUCUGUAUUUGGGGCUAGAAACAAAAAUAUGCAAAUACCUUCUUGCAGGGAAUAAAUUUAUUAAACAAGUCAAAUCAAAAUGUAUAGAUAGGGUUUAUUGCCAUGUUGCAGUUUGUAUAAGUUGACUUUACCAGAUCAAAAUAUGUAUGCCAAUUCAUAUAAAUGAUCAGUUCCAUUCAACAAUGAAGGGAUGUUUGAAGCUUUUAUAACUUUUUUAUGUUGGAUAGGUUUGUUGGAUAUAGGACCAAAUUAUGAUGAACUCACUUUAGUCUGCAUUGCCAAAGCAUACCAACACUCAGUUUAUGAAAAGAAAUCAACUUUCAUCAUUUUUGACACUAUAGUCUAGAAUAUGACAUUAGAGUGAAGGGGCCAGAUUCACAAACAUUUUCUUAAUAAAAAAGUUAGGAAGUUCUUAAGAAUGUUCUGAAGUAUAAUUCCUGAUUGAACUUCUCAGAUGCUGUAGGACAGGCAUAUAUAUAUUUAUAUAUAUAUAACAGGCAUAUGCCUAUUCCUAUACAUGGGGUGUAACAUCAUUGACUAAAGGACUGAAAUGUUAUUUCAAUACAUUAUAAUGAGAACGUUUGUCAACAUUAUUGCUGUGGAAAACAGUUGGGUCAUUUUUUUAUUGACAACCAUAUUUAUGAUUUACUUAAAUAAAUAACUGAGUAAACAUUAGUUAGUUGCUUUGGGUAAAGUAAAAUUAGAUUAAAAUGAACUGUCAAAUGUGCUAGCUUAUUUUCAGGAGUACCAGAGACAUGAGACUUAAACCAAAAACAACAAGCUAACAUUAAUGAUUAAUGUAAAGACACAUUUUGUAAAACUGAAAAACAAAAUUUAAUUUAAUCAUUUAGAGGCUUACCUUUCCACUCUAACAAUUUUAGGACAAGUGUAGUGUGAUCUUAAAAUGAAGAAGAAAAUUAGGAAGAAAUUUAAGGAACUUUGUUUUCAAGAAUCUUUAUUCUGAAGUUUUUCUUAGGAAGAAACAUAAGAAGAAAGUUAAGUAAUAAAUACAAACUUUUUUCAAGAAUAUGAAUAUUCUGAACUUUUGUCUUAAGACUGAAGUUAAGAAGAAAUCAUUACUUAAGAAGUUUCUUUUCUUAAGAAGGUUUUGUGAUACCGGCCCCAGUUCAGGAUUUUAGAGGUCAAAUAACACUGGAAUGUCACAUGACUGACUUACUGAGAUAUGCUUUAUAUUAAAGUUUGUGGUUGUAAAGGUGGUGUGAUGGAGCUUACAUGAUGUCCAUCCUCUACUAAAUUGCAUUUCAUAGAAACUUCAGUAUCUCUUGAUAAUAAUUUUCUUGCGACACACCACAGCAGUAAAGCAAAAAUGUUAAAAGAAAAAAAUACCUUUUUACUGACUUCUGCCUAUACUCUGGUGCUUUUAAGUGAUAUAGCUGAACGUACAGAAGCCUUUUAAUUUCACUUCAUUGAUAAGUGACCUGGUUCAAAAAGACAGACCUGCAUCCAUAAUAUUUCUAAAACACACCUCUGAUUGAGACAGGAUGUUGUGCAGCACCAAUCAGGCUAAAAUAAUGGAAUUCAGAUGUUUUCAUGAAAGACAAACUGGAAGGUUGUUGAGAGGAGAAUGGAUUGUAUUGUUAUCUGUGGCCACUUUCACAUUUCAUUUUAUUCAUAGAAGAAUAUACAUCUUCACAGUGCCUGUGGUUGUGGUGAAACAUAGCUCUGUUUACAAAGUGAAUGUGUGUGUGUGGAGUGAGAAUGAGCGGUGAUUUGAAUUUCUUGUUGCAUGUGCCAAUCCUUAUCCUUAUCUAUUUGAUUGUUUUGACAUAUUGUUUUCUUUUCUUAUCAUUUUUAUUGUUUUGUAUCUGUAUUGGUAAAAAUGUAUGUUAAAUAGUGAAUCCUAUAAUUUGUAAUUUAUGGAUUGCUUGCAACUACUGUUUACAUUUUGUUUUGUUUGUUUUUUUGUUUUAUGGAAAUAAACUAGCACAUUUAUGUCUUGUAAAAGUAGCUGCAGUCCUCUUUACCUCCCCUUAUUGAAAAUAAGAGAAGGGUGUGCUGGAGACUGGGUCAGCUAUCUCAGAAAGAUGCUUUUAAAUUGGUGUGUAACAAAAGCACAGCCUUUACAGCACAAUUGUGAAAAACAACAUUCUUAAUACCUUGACAAUGGAUCCAUGAUACAUGGGGGAACUUCUCAUAAAGCUGAGCAUGGUAAAAAUAAAAAGAAUACACCUUUGAAAAUCAUGUGUCUUGAGAUCAACCUGAAUAAAUAGAUUUUAUUUUAAUAAUUAAAUUCUUAUUCUCACCAUUCCACAACCUGCAGGAAAAAAGAAAGAUGUUGCUGAUUGAAAAUAGUGAAUGGAACAUGAUGAGCUCAUUAAAGUGUGCUUCUGAUGGCUGCUCCAUUGUCAUGACGACCUAGUGAAGAGAUGAACUCAGUUAUUUAUGUGAUACAUGCGUCACUUGUUUUUCUGAUUAUAGAAAAACAGGUCAUGCUACAGAAAUAAGGCUAUAUUACAAGUAACUUAAUAAGUCAAUAUAAGAUUAAGUCAAGUAAUUUUACUUUAAAAUCAAGUAACUUCAUGAAGCACAUUACAUAUAAAAAAAACUGGUUCAUGUUCAAUAACCCCCAGCACUUUGUUUUAAUCUGUAUUUAGAUUCCACCAUGUUAUACUUCUAAGGCUUUUGAAAUGUUUAGUUGUCAAUGCCAUAGCAACUAUAGCUGUAAAUGGGUGCGAUUUAUUCUUUGAAUGUUGAAACUACCUUUUUCAUGGAGGGCAAAUGUGCCUUACUGUUCUUUACUCAGCCGACUCGUGUCACAGUGUCUUAAUUCUGUAAAUCUACUUUGAUUCUGUAUUU